AUGGGGCGCGGCAGCGGCACCUUCGAGCGUCUCUUAGACAAGGCAACAAGCCAGCUGCUGCUAGAGACCGACUGGGAAUCCAUCCUGCAGAUCUGUGACCUGAUCCGCCAGGGGGACACACAGGCUAAGUAUGCCGUAAGUGCGAUCAAGAAGAAGGUCAACGACAAGAACCCACAUGUGGCCCUGUAUGCCCUUGAGGUCAUGGAGUCAGUUGUGAAGAACUGUGGUCAGACUGUACAUGAUGAGGUGGCCAACAAGCAGACGAUGGAGGAGCUGAAGGAGCUGUUGAAGAGGCAGGUGGAGGUCAACGUGCGGAACAAGAUCCUCUAUCUGAUCCAGGCCUGGGCGCACGCUUUCCGGAACGAGCCCAAGUACAAGGUGGUGCAGGACACCUACCAGAUCAUGAAGGUGGAGGGACACGUCUUCCCAGAGUUCAAGGAGAGUGAUGCAAUGUUUGCCGCAGAGAGGGCUCCAGACUGGGUGGACGCUGAGGAGUGCCAUCGGUGCCGCGUGCAGUUCAGCGUGGUGACGCGGAAGCACCACUGCCGGGCGUGCGGGCAGAUCUUCUGCGGGAAGUGCUCCUCCCGCUACUCCACCAUCCCCAAGUUCGGCAUCGAGAAGGAGGUCCGCGUGUGCGAGCCUUGCUACGAGCAGCUGAACAAGAAAGCAGAGGGGAAGUCCACGUCCACUGCCGAGCUGCCGCCGGAGUACCUGACCAGUCCCCUGUCCCAGCAGUCGCAGCUGCCCCCUAAGAGGGAUGAGACGGCCCUGCAGGAGGAAGAGGAGCUGCAGCUGGCCCUGGCGCUGUCACAGUCUGAGGCCGAGGAGAAGGAGCGGAUGAGACAGAAAUCCACAUACACCGCGUACCCCAAAGCGGAGCCCACGCCCGUCUCUUCCUCUGCACCCCCUGCCAGCAGCCUGUACUCCUCGCCUGUGAAUUCGUCAGCACCUCUGGCUGAGGACAUUGACCCCGAGCUUGCCCGGUACCUCAACCGCAACUACUGGGAGAAGAAGCAGGAGGAGGGACGCAAGAGCCCCACCCCCUCAGCGCCCGCUCCCCUGACCGAGCCGGCCUCCCUGCCCAGGGACGGGCACGCAGCCCCCGCCGGUGCCGUGGAGACGCCCCUGCCAGAGACAGAUCCUCAACCAGGAGCACCUUCUGGGGGGCCCUUUAGUGAGCCCUCAGUGGUGCCCCUCUCUCGGCAGCACUACCAGAACGGGGAGUCCGAGGAGAACCACGAGCAGUUCCUGAAGGGCCUGCAGAACGCCGUCACCACCUUCGUGAACCGCGUCAAGAGCAACCACAUGCGUGGCCGCAGCAUCACCAACGACUCGGCCGUGCUCUCGCUCUUCCAGGCCAUCAACGGCAUGCACCCCCAGCUUCUGGAGCUGCUCAACCAGCUGGACGAGCGCCGCUUGUACUACGAGGGCCUGCAGGACAAGCUGGCCCAGAUCCGAGAUGCCCGGGGGGCCCUGAGUGCCCUGCGCGAGGAGCAUCGGGAGAAGCUACGCCGGGCAGCUGAGGAGGCCGAGCGCCAGCGCCAGAUCCAGCUGGCCCACAAGCUGGAGAUCAUGCGUCAGAAGAAGCAGGAGUACCUGGAGGUACAGCGGCAGCUGGCCAUCCAGCGGCUGCAGGAGCAGGAGAAGGAGCGGCAGCUGCGCCUGGAGCAGCAGAAGCAGACGGUGCAGAUGCGUGCCCAGAUGCCAGCCUUCCCGUUGCCCUAUGCCCAGCUCCAGGCCAUGCCUGCAGCCGGGGGUGUGCUGUACCAGCCCUCAGGCCCCACCAGCUUCCCGGGCACCUUCAGCCCAGCCAGCUCUGUGGAAGGUUCCCCCAUGCACACGGUGUACAUGAACCAGCCCGCCCAGGCCAGCGGCCCCUACCCCAGCAUGCCUGUCACCGGAGCAGAUCCCAACAUGGUGAGCGCCUACAUGUAUCCAUCAGGGGCUGCGAGUGGACAGGCUGCACCCCCAGGCCAGCCUGGACCCACUGCCAGUCCAGCCUACUCGUCCUAUCAGCCCACCCCGACGCAGGGCUACCAGGGCGCCGCCUCCCAGGCUCCACAGAGCCUCCCAGCUAUGCCGCAGCCACCACAGCCCGGGACCAUGGGCUACAUGGGGGGCCAGUCCGUGUCUGUGGGUUACCAGCCCUACAGCAUGCAGAACCUCAUGACCACCCUCCCCAGUCAGGACACGCCUCUGCCCCCCCAGCAGCCCUAUCUCUCGGGGCAACAGCCGGUGUACCAGCAGAUGGCACCCACUGGGGGGCCCCAGCAGCCGCCCCCUGUGGCCCAGCAGCCGCCCACUCAGGGGCCCCCAGCCCAGGGCAGUGAAGCCCAGCUCAUCUCCUUUGACUGA